UAUUUAUUUCCCUUCUUCUUUUAUACAUAUAUAAAAAAAAAUGCCGUCUUCACCAGCUACAUUUAGUUUACAACAUACUUUACCAAAGUUACCAGUCCCUUCUUUGGAAGAAUCUUGUGCACUUUACUUGAAAUCGCUUAUCCCACUUCAAACAAAAGAGGAACAUGAAAAGACAAGAUCUAUCGUUGCAGACUUUUUAGCAAGCGAUUUAUCAAAGUCACUUCAACAACGUUUAGUGGAUAUUGAUCAUGCGUCGCCUACAAAUUGGCUGGAAGACAAUUUUUGGUUAAAGAAAGCUUAUUUGGAAUGGCGUGAGCCUUUGAUGGUCAAUAGUAACUGGUAUAUCCUUGGUCAAGUGGAUGCCGGUCACCCCAAACAACUGAUUGCUAACAACGGUGUUCAACCCAAAGGUCUCUUUUCUCAGUUCCAAGUUCAAAGAGCAGCUCAUAUGAUUCGUCGCGGUUUGGAGUACAAGGAAAUUAUCGACAGAGAGGAGUUGCCUGUAGAUAUGAUGCGUGGAAAUAAGGCCUUGUGUAUGUGGCAAUACAGUCGUAUUUUUUCGGUGACGCGUGUUCCCCUUCAUCACUGUGAUACGCUUGUUCAAGCCAAUGCAAAGGAGAUCCGCCAUAUUGCAGUUCUUUUACGUGAUCAAGUCUAUACAUUGAAUGUCUACAAGGAGGUUGAAAAGAAUGUCUGGAUCUUACUCACAACUGAAGAGAUUGAAAAUGCCCUUUUGACAUUAAUUGGACAUGUCGAAAAACUUUCUGAAGCCAAUGUCCCAUUGUCAGUUUUAACCUCAUGGCAACGUGAUAAUUGGGCCGUAGCUCGCAACCAUUUGUUAGCAAUGGAACCAACCUUACACCGUAGUAACUUGGACAAGAUUGAGACGGCAUUGUUUGCAGUAGCUCUCGAUGAUUACUCUAAUGGUAUCGAUAAUGCGUCAUGGACUAAAACCAUGUUUUGUGGCCACCAAGGUUUAGGUAACGGUCAUAACCGUUGGUUUGAUAAAUCUUUCACGUUGGUAGUCGAGAACAACGGUAUGUGUGGAUUUUCUGGAGAACAUUCACCUGUGGAUGCCUUGACCGUCAGUUACAUUUUUGAUUACAUGUUACAAGUCCCCACACCUGGUGAAAAGUCACAUGCAUUCAUCCACCCUUCUUCGCAUGUCACCCAUCAUGAUCAAGUCGUGUUUGAACAUUUGAAAUUCAAAACCGACGCCAAGUUAAAUCACUUUAUUGCGGAAGCACAAAUCACUGCUGACGCCACUGCAGCACUUUCAGAUUCAAAUGUACUCGUAUUCAAAGAUUAUGGUACGAAUUGGAUUAAAAAGACAGGCCGUGUCCCUCCCGAUGCGUUCUAUCAAAUGGUACUUCAAUUAGCUUACUACCGUAUUCAUCAAACCGUUACCCCCACAUAUGAAACUGCUGCUACCCGCAAAUACCUUCGCGGACGUACAGAAACAAUCCGUACACUCAGUGUAGACAGUAAGGCAUUGGUCGAAGGAUUUGAUAAUGAUCAGCUUGGGGAUGCCGAAAAAUAUCAGCUAUUAGUGAAGGCCACCUCCGCACAUCGUGAAUACACUGCUAUUGCCAGUGAUGGACACGGUUGUGAUCGUCAUUUGUUGGUGCUUCGUUUACUAAACGCUGAUCAUCAAGUCUUAACAGACCAAGGCGAGCUUGUACAGGUGCCGAUGCACCCUAUUUUUACAGACCCUAUUCAUGGGCAAUCCCAAGUAUGGAGACUUAGUACCUCUGGACUUCAUGCCGGUAUUCGUUUGAUGGGAACAGGAUUUGGUACAGUGUAUCCUGACGGUUACGGUAUUAAUUACAUGGCAGCACCUACUCUUGUCAAAUUUGGUAUUGAAAGUAAGAAUGUGCCUGAGACAGUGUCCACCGAAAAGUUGAUGGAAGUGAUGCAAGGUGUACUUUUGGAUUUAAAGAGUCUUUGUGAAAGAGUGAACGGAAAUGUUUCCAAGUUAUAGAGAGAAGGAAAAAACAGUGAGGGUAUGGGUUUUAUUAGAUUCACUAG